GGGAUUUGUAGUUCCUGAAACCUCAAAUCGACGUCAGCGGAAGUGUGUGAACGUACGCGAGCAGCGGCUAGGUGACAUUGGAGCUUGUUUUGUAAUGUUUUGAGCAACUUUUUCAACGAUGGCGUCAACAAACGCAGAGGAAAUCCCCCUGAGACAUGUGGAGAAGGAUGUCCUGAUCCCCAAAAUGAUGAGGGAGAAAGCCAAGGAGCGCUGUGCAGACCGGGUUGAAGCCUUCAACAGCUGCUGCAAAGAGUCUGGCUUCUUAAUGGUGUUUAAGUGUCAAGAGGAAAACUCAGCCCUGAAGGAAUGCCUGACACAACACUACCAGGAUCCUGCAUUUUUUGAAGAGUGCAAGCGACUGUAUAUUCAAGAGAAACUGGAAUUUGAGAGGACGGGGAUCCCUGCCAAGAACAGGACCCAGAAACUUCCAACCAGCAUGUAAUAACUAAAAUGAUAACAAGAUGUCUUUCUUUUGGGCGCCCAAACUCAGACUCCAUAAAAUACUGAGAGAGUUUGGCCAGGUUUAUUAUUCAGAAACCUAAAAGACUGUGUUAUGUGAAAAUGGCAAUUCUUUGUUUUGCAAGAGUGGCUAAUAUCCAGUCCGUGUGUACAAUGGGCCAUAAGUGUUGCACGGUGAAGUCAUGAGGAGAAUGAGCACACAACAUCACUCCAGAAGAAUUUCAAGCACUGCAGGAUUUUGGCUUCGAUGUUACACUGUUAAUUUGAGGAACUUGUGUUGAUUUACCUACAUCAAUGGUAUCGAAGCCACUGGAUGGUUGUUUUUGCCUUGUUAUCAGUACAAGAAUCUGUGUCACUUUUAUAGAGUCAGAAAAAUACUAGAAUUUUACAAAAAGAAAAGCUUGAAACAACCCCUUGGAAUUUGCCAGGAAUUAGAAUAAGUAAAAUUAUAAUAUGGCUACUCAUAGUGCUUCAAAGAGAAGUGUUUGCAGAUUUGUUGUGAUUGUAAUUUUUUUAAAAGAAAUCAAUGACUUCCUGCUUAAGAAUCAGUCUAAACUAAACCACCGUAGAAAUGUUUGGAUUUUCUUCACUCUAAAGACAAAUAACUGUCUUUAAAUGAAAAGUAACUUGAGUGUUUUUUUUUUUUCAUUUUCAUAAGUGUUACUUUUGCUUUCUGAUUUUUUUUUUUUAAGGUUUUGCAUUCUGAGCAACUUGCUUGGAGGAAUAAAAGUUAAAUCUAUUAUCUGCUAUUA